GACGAGGAGAGCCCGCCUCCUCCUCCGCGCCGUUGCCGGGGCAGCCGCUGGCAGUCGCCCCUUUAAGCGUAGCGCGGCAACCGCCGCCGCGUCCGCCCGGCGGGCGGGCAGGACUUCUCCCCAGUGAAGGACAAUCCCUCGCUUGCCGUUUGGGAAGGGGAGAGGCGGUUUCAGGAAUGGCCAGGCUGAAGGAGAAAAAAUGCAUUCUGAAGGGUAACUCCUGCUUCCUGAACUGAGCCCCAAAGAUCUCGCGCUGUGGAGAUGAAGAUGAUAAAUCCAAGGAAAUAAUCCAACUGCUGCCACUGAAAGGUCCUUUGUGUCAACAUGAACAGUCUUUGAGGGGGAAAAAAAAAAUUUGGAAAGCGGUUAAAUCUGAAAAAAAUGGGAGAAAGAGUCAGAAGUCCAGAUUCUGAACACGAGAGGAAAUCGGACGGGGAUAAAAAUAGCGACUCGUAUUAUUCCGAUGAAGAUAAUGCCUCUCGUUCCUCUGGCCCCUCGCCAACACUGAGCUAUCCCUCUACGAGCCACGAAAAAAGAGAUCACAAACCCCAAACUUCAAACAGCCUCGUGCACUACCAAGCCACAAAGAAAUUGGGUUCCAAAUACGCACCCAGCAAGAGAGGGCCGCAGUGGGGCUUCCGCUCCCAGAGCCUCACCAGGGAUUCUCCUGCCAAAGAGAUAGAUCUUGUUACCAAAAGGGUCCUUUCUGCCAGGCUGCUGAAAAUCAACGAGCUCCGAAACGAACUGACCGAACUCCACAUCAAACUGGACGAGGUGCAGAAGGAAAACAGGGCGCUGAAGAGGCUUCAGCACAGGCAGGAGAAAGCCUUGAAUAAGUUUGAAGAUACGGAAAAUGAAAUCUCCCAGCUCCUGGCUCGGCACAACAACGAGAUCCGGAUAUUAAGGGAGCGCCUGAGGAAAUCUCAGGAGAGAGAGCGGGCGGCCGAGAGACGGCUGAAGGAUUCAGAAGAGGAGCUGUACAGAACAAAAACAGUCUUGCAGAAACUGAAAAAGCUCUCUGCAGAUAAGCACCUCGCUGAAAGAGAUGACCUGGCGAAGAAACUGGCCUGUGCGGAGAGCAGGCUGGAGGAGAGCGAGAAAAGAAUUAAGGAUCUGGAAAAAAAUCUUGAAUUAAGCGGUAGCAGUUUUCAACGAGAGUUACAUUCCAAGAAAAAAAAGAUGUACGAGGCUCAAGAGGAAAAGAGAGUUCUCCAAGAAGAGCUUAAUCAACUCACUCAGAAGCUGAAGGAAAAAGAAAGAGAACUUGAAGCAAAAAAUAUAUAUGCUAAUCGCAUGUUGAAGCUGUCCCCGAGAAAAGAUGUGGAUAUUAUCCAAAGAAAAAGAGCCAACAACCAAAAUAUUAAAAAAGGAGCCCAGCUCACAAAAGCUGUCCAGACCAGUGGAUACUUCUCCCCGGUGGAAUUUCUUCCAGAAGCAGAACAUGUCAGUGGUGAUGCAAUACACAAGAAAGAAGGAAUUCUUCCUAAAAUAGAAAAAGAAACUCAAGACAAAGAACGGAAAGAGCAAGCAGACCUCCUUCGACAAGAGCAAGAGAGGGAAAGGGAAGAGAAAUUGAAACGUUUUCAGGAAAUGCAGGCUUUAGAGGAGAGAGUUCAAAAACUACAGGACGAGUGGGAAAGGGAAGAAUAUGACAAAAUGAAAAAAGAAAGCAGCUUUUUAUUGGAAAAAGAAGAGAAAACCAAGAUGGAGCCAGAAAUCCCCAAAGCUGAAGUAGAGAGAGAAAGCCCUGAAAUGCUGGAAGAGCGGCAAAAAAGAGAGUUCCUCCUUGCUAAAAUGCAAGAAAUUGAUAGAGAAACUCAGAAUGUAACAAACAUGAGACCUGCUUCCCAAACGCCGUCGGUAAAUACAGCAAGAAAAUCCGAUUUGCUGGAGAAAAAAGAAAAAACUACUCAAUUUUUUGAGCUUCCUGGGAGGGUAAGUAACGGAUUUGGGGUAGGGGACAGCAGGGAUGAUGCCACCAGAGCACAGGGGCAGAAGCAGCGGAGCGUAAGGACUGUGGAUUUGAGCAGUGAGUUAACAUUUGGUAGUUACGUACCUUCCUUUGGGAAAGGAUCUGGGAGACCGAGUUGGCUUACCCAAAAAAGUGACAAUUUAGAAGAAAACGUUAAAGAAAACACAGAUUGCAACAGCAAGAAGGAAAAGAAGUCCAAUUUAAUGGAACAGCUCUUUGGAAGCAGUGCCGGUACCAUCCUUCUCUCUAAAAACAACGAUCCAACACCUUUUGAUGUAGAGUGGGACUUGAGAAAUACUGUCCCCCUCGAUAAAAACAGUAAAGUCAAAGGGAAAGAAGAAGGUGAGUUUUUUGGAGAAGGAAGGAACCCAACCCGGCACCGUCCGCAGCACGCUGCGAGCAAGCCAGCAGUGAGGACCCUCGGCUCUUUAGAAGAUGAAAUCGAAGAAGUAAUCUUACACUGAUCAUAUUUUUGUAUCUUUUGUAUGUAAAUACUGAAAAAAAAAAUUAUUUUCCUGUAAUAUUUAUUAGAUACAGAUUUGAAGCAUUUUGGAUAUGUUGUAAAGCCUUAUGAAGGAGUAAUUAUUUCCGUGAGUGGGUGUAUGUCUAGAGGAAAGAUGGGCUUUGAUAGAGCAGCCUAACCCUUGUGCAGGAAACUGCUUCUGAAAGGUCAUGUCCAAAGGCAGAGCUUGGAGACCUGGUGGUGAGUUGUGGCAGGAACACAGGGAAAGGUGUCCCCAGGGACUUGGAGAGAUGAGACAGGCACUGGCUGGACGUUUGAGGGGGAACACUCUUGCCCCAGAAUUACACUUCUCAUGAGGGAGUGUUAUUAUUUCUUGCAGGAUGAGUUGGCCAAGAAAGGUGAGAAGCUUUUAUGUGGCAACCCUGGCAUUCGGGGUGGCUACUUGAUGGGCAUCUCUGGCUGUAGGGAGCGUUGGGGUGGUGUUCCCUGCAGGCUGCUCACAGUUCUCUGCUUUUCAUUUGAAAUACUACUACUAUUUUUUUUUUUGGCCUCAGAUAUUUUCUUUCUCAGGCAUUUGGGGAGCCUCUUAACUGUGUCAGGAGAAGGCACGUGUAGCACCAGUGUGGGGAAGUGGGUAGGAGACACCUGGCACAAGGGCUCGGGGAGAAAGAGAAUAUUCUGCACUGCAAUCAUGUUGUCUCAGAAGAACAUCAACAGAAGCACAACUAACUCAGGAACAGCCAGUCCCUCCUCUGCAUAGGUUUUCUGGAGACCUUACUACCAAAUUUGUCUAACUCUUCUCUUGUAUUUAGAUUAUAUUUAUUACAUAAUGCCAUUUUUUGUAAUUUCUGAAUUUUGUAUGUAAAAUUCCAAUCAUUACUAAGUUGGUUUUUUUUAACAAAAUGGUUUUAUUAAAUGAGUUGAGUAAAUUUUUGUGCGGAGAUCA